ACAGUAAGCAGCAUGAACAUGUUCUCCUGUUGGACUCUUCCAUCUGACGAAGACGAGCCGCACAGGCGGGUAAACGAACCGGAGAAGAAGGUAAAGAAGAGAAAAUGGUGGCAGAGACGCCAGAAGGUAGAGAUGCAGGACGGGGAGGAUGAGAAGGGAAACGGGGUAAAGGGUGAAGAGAUGGGGCAAGGAGUGGGGCAGAAGGUUUUAGAGGACCAGGCAGACCAAAUACCAAAGAUGGAGAAGCAGGUGGUUCUGGGAAAAAACAAACCUGAGAAGAAAGUAAAGAAGAGAAAAUGGUGGCAGAGACGCCAGAAAGUAGAGAUGCAGGUGGCCCCACGGGACCUGGUGGAAGAACCAGAGCAGGUCGUCCUAAAGGACCAGAGGAAACCAGUAAAGAAGGUGGUUCUGGUUUUUGAGAUUGAGAUGAAGAAGUUAGAGAGGCAGGUGGACCCAGUGGAAAAACCAGACAAGGUCAUGAAGAAGGUAGAGAGGCAGGUGGCCCCGCUGAACCUGGUGGAAGAACCAGAGCAGGUCACCUUGAUAGACCAGUGGAAGGAACAAGUAAAAAAUAGGGUUCGUUUCAUAGAGAAUGAGAUGAAGGCAGAGAGGCAGGUGGACCCAGUGGAAAAACCAGACCAGGUCAUGAAGAAGGUAGAGAGGCAGGUGGCCCCGCUGAACCUGGUGGAAGAACCAGAGCAGGUCAUCCUGAUAGACCAGUGGAAGGAACAAGUAAAAAAUAGGGUUAGUUUCAUAGAGAAUGAGAUGAAGGGAGAGAGGCAGGUGGACCCAGUGGAAAAACCAGACCAGGUCAUGAAGAAGGUAGAGAGGCAGAUGGCCCAGUUGAACCUGGUGGAAGAACCAGAGCAGGUCAUCCUAAAGGAACAGGUAAAAAAUAGGGUUCGUUUCAUAGAGAGUGAGAUGAAGAAGGCAGAGAGGCAGGUGGACCCAGUGGAAAAACCAGACCAGGUCAUGAAGAAGGCAGAGAGGCAGGUGGCCCUGCUGAACCUGGUGGAAGAACCAGAGCAGGUCAUCCUAAAGGAACAGGUAAAAAAUAGGGUUCGUUUCAUAGAGAGUGAGAUGAAGAAGACAGAGAGGCAGGUGGACCCAGUGGAAAAACCAGACCAGGUCAUGAAGAAGGCAGAGAGGCAGGUGGCCCCGCUGAAUCUGGUAGAAGAACCAGAGCAGGUCAUCCUAAAGGAACAGGUAAAAAAUAGGGUUCGUUUCAUAGAGAAUGAGAUGAAGUCAGAGAGGCAGGUGGACCCAGUGGAAAAACCAGACCAGGUCAUGAAGAAGGCAGAGAGGCAGGUGGACCCAGUGGAAAAACCAGACCAGGUCAUGAAGAAGGCAGGGAGGCAGGUGGACCCAGUGGAAAAACCAGACCAGGUCAUGAAGAAGGCAGAGAGGCAGGUGGCCCCGGUGGACACAGUGGAAAAACCAAAGCAGGUAGUAAAGAGCCAGAUUGAUAUAAAGAAGCCAAAUUCAGAGGAGAAAAUGGUCCUCAAAAACCUGGAGAGGAUGGAGAACAAAAGGCUGGAGAAGCAGGUGCUUCAGAUGGACCAGAUGACGAAGGUGGAAGUAGAGCAGCUGCAGGACGACGUUCUUGUUCCCCCCAUCGUUGAAGCCCAACCUGAAGAGUCCGGGGCUCUGAUGGAGAGCGCGUGUGAAGAUGAAGGCGUCCCGAUGCCGAAGUUGAGGAGAACCAGCCUGAGAACCAAACGCCCAGAACCGGCUACAAGAUCCUCAGAGGUUUUGUCAUCGGCGCCGCUGUUGUGUUGACGGUCACUAUAGCUUCCCGUCGACUGUCCUCGUUCUUCAACGUCUGAAUCUGACGUGGUGACGAUCCGGAGAUCAUCCAAUCACACGCCGACUUUUCCAACAUCAAAAUAACAAUAAAGUGCCUUCAUUAA